AUGGCCACCACCGCUGAGCAGAUUGCUCUGCUCCCGCAGAUCGUUUCGGAUACGCGAACGACGAACUAUCUCACGUUGGCGGCAUUUGUGAUAUUUUUGUAUGAUAUGGUCUUGACGUUUCCCAGAGAGCUAGAGCUCGUGUGGAAGGCGCGGUGGACAACCGGAAAGGUUUUGUUCAUUUUGAACAGACUCGCCUUUGAAAGUGCCGCUUACGGAUUUGCAGAUAUGUUUGAUUACUUUUCCCCUUUUAACAUAAUCAGUUUUGCGUUGUUUCAAAUUAUGUGGAAGCCUGUUAUACUCAUUCUGCGAACACUUGCCUUGUGGGAACAAAAUCGAAAGAUCCUUGUUUUCCUGCUCGCGGCACUCCUGGCAACAGAUGGCACAAUCAUUGCUUCAAUAGCUCUCAUCACGAAAUCACUUUCCUUCCAAGACCGUCCCGUAACCAAGCAGAUUCUAGGGUGCUAUGGCGCUCUGAACGACAUUUCCAUAUCGCAGGCAAUACCGUCUUGGGCUGCCUUAAUAGCGUUUGAUACUAUUGUGUUUGCUUUAACGGUGGUGCGUGUAGAGGGCAUUCGGAGAGCGAAGAAGGACCAGAGUCGGUUAUUGCAUAUUCUCUUCCGGGAUGGCAUUAUGUUCUAUCUGAUCAUGCUAGCCGCGAGCGUCGCGAACCUCGCUUUAUACGCAGGUCUCCCUUUCAGACGACGAGGGCUCAUCAUCUCGCUCAUACCACUCCUACGUACAGUCAUGUCAGUCUGUACUGCACGGCUUCUCCUGAACCUGCGCGAGGCGGCAGUGGAGACAGGGAAUGGACGGAUAGGAGAAGGUUGGAAUUGGGCGUUGGGAGAACUCGAAGGGGAUUGCGGUACAAGUACCGGGAAGGUGGAGUCUACUCUUACCUUCUCUCGGACGGGUGCGUCGGUUGAGCUUGCAAGGUGUUCGUUCUUCGAUCCGCAGAGCUCGCAAAGUGCGGACAGUCCUGCACCUCUGCCCGUCGAAGUUCAAGAACCUGAGUUUGAGCUUGAGCUUCUUCCACCGCCCCCGCCGUUGUCGGAGAGGGGGAGGAUUAUUGUAUCUGUUAGCACUGAGGCUGAAGUGUAUACUGAUGAUGGACAUUCGUUGGAGCCGAGUAGUUUGAGGGCGGCUGUGCUUGAUAGGUUUACGAGCCUUGCGAAUGGGGAUAUUGAGCUUGGUGAACUUAGGGGGCGUUCACCAGAUAUUACACGCUAA